GGAAAUCAGAGCUGGGUGGUGCUGACUCAGGACCACGGGAGGAUCUGACCCGCUCACAGGCCAGCGCCCCACGGCUUUCGUUUCCCCGUCCCUCUCCCGCACAGCCGGGAAGAGCAGGACGAGGAUGGGGCCGCACGGCUGGCUCUGCCUGCUCUGCCUGGUGCUCCCCUGGCUGCUGUGCCAGGGCAAGAGCCGCACCCAGCCCGAGCAAGUGCAUCUCUCCUACCCAGGCGACCCCACCGCCAUGACCGUCACCUGGACGACCUUUGACCCGGCCGGCUCCAUCGUGGAGUUCGGCCCGGAGCCGAGCAGGGUCUUCACCUCCUCCGCCCAGGGCCACGCCAGCCGGUUCGUGGACGGCGGGUGGUUGCGCCGCAGCAUGUUCAUCCACCGGGUCACCCUGCAGGGCCUGGCCCCUGGGCAGCACUAUGCUUAUCGCUGCGGAAGCCCGCGGGGCUGGAGCCGGCCCUACAGCUUCCGGGCUCUGCAGAAUGGCACCAACUGGAGCCCGCGUCUUGCUGUCUUCGGCGACAUGGGGAACGUCAACCCCCAGUCCCUGCCCAGGCUCCGGCGCGACACGCAGCAGCACAUGUACGACGCGAUCCUGCACGUAGGGGAUUUUGCCUAUGACAUGGACGAGUGUAACGCCAUGGUUGGAGACGCCUUCAUGCGCAAGAUCGAGCCCGUCGCUGCGUCGGUGCCGUAUAUGACGUGCCCGGGGAACCACGAGGAGAAAUACAACUUCUCCAACUACCGUGCCCGAUUCAACAUGCCUGGUGACACGCAGGGCCUGUGGUACAGCUGGGACAUCGGCCCUGCCCACAUCAUCUCCUUCUCCACCGAGGUGUAUUUCUACCUGAACUAUGGCCGCCACCUCGUCCGGGAGCAGUACCAAUGGCUAGAGAGAGACCUACAGGAGGCCACGCGGCCGGAUCGGCGCCGGCGGCACCCGUGGAUCAUCACCAUGGGGCACCGGCCCAUGUACUGCUCCAACAUCGACCUCGACGACUGCACGGAGCACGAGAGCAUCACUCGCCGAGGGCUCCCCCAACAUCAGUACGGCCUGGAGGAUCUGUUCUAUAAAUACGGUGUCGACCUAGAGCUGUGGGCCCACGAACACUCCUACGAGAGGCUGUGGCCUGUCUACAACUACAAGGUCUACAACGGCAGCGCCGAAUCGCCCUACACCAACCCCCGGGCGCCCGUCCAUAUCAUCACCGGAUCGGCUGGCUGUAGGGAGAGGCUGACCCCAUUCGUCCUCAACCCUCGGGAGUGGAGCGCCGUGCGCAUCGAGGACUACGGCUACACACGCCUGCAAAUCCUCAACCGCAGCCACAUCUGGCUGGAGCAAGUGUCCGAUGACCAGGACGGGAAAGUCGUGGAUGGGAUCUGGCUCAUCAAGGAGUUGCACGGCCCCAAAGCUUGGCAUUAGCCUGGCAGCAGGCACCCAGCCCUGAGUUGAGCAGAGGGACUGCGUCCCCAGGACACCCUGAAAUCCUCGUUAUCUGGCUGGAGGCAGAGCUCCCUGCGGGGCUACAAAUGAACCAAUCAAAUCCAAAGGCCAUUCUUGCAGUCCCUGAUGUAUGGCACUGGAAGGACACGCCUGCCCCUGCAGCUGGGGAAAACCUGCUGCUGGGUCUUUAUGAUGGUGAAAAAGCGCUUUGCUGCAGCUGAGCGUAUUAGGUCUCAGAGCACUUUAUACGGGCGGGGUUGUGUCUGUGUAUUCCCAGUUUUUGGCUGGGGAAACUGAGGCACAGAGAAAGGAAGAACUGUGACCAAAAUCAUAGAUGUAGGGGUCUUGCUUUCCAGUCUUCCCUGCCCUAAUCACUACACUGUCUACACUGUUAAGUUUCUGCGCAGUGAAGCAGCUUUCUGCACUCAAACUGCAGACGUGUCCACACUGCCAAGCCACUUUGUGCGCAGAAACUCUGCAGUUGCAGCUCUGCAAAAAACCCACCUCAACAAGAGUCGUAAAGCAGUUUGCGCACAGGCUCCAGCGCUCUAUUGCCAGUGUACACACUUGAUUGCUAUUGUGCUGUAAUUGGCUUCCGGAGCUGUCCCAUAAUCCCUCAAGUGACAUCCCAGGGUUUCCCCCUUCCCCUGCCUCAGGACUGGUUGCUUCCUGCCACUGUCUGAACUUACAAGACAGCCUGCUGGACCCCUCUCUGGCCCCCAGAACACACUGCCUCUCCCCCUCCAUACACACCCACCCAGCCCAGUUCAGCUGAAAAGCAGCUGGCAAUGCAGUAGGAUGCCCUGGAACAAUGGGAUUGGGAAACCUGCAUCAUGUGACAUUGUGCCUGCCCAUGAGGCAUUGCAAACCCUUCCCAAGCACCCUGCGGCCAGUUGCACUGUGGGAUAGCUCCCACAAUGCACUGCUGUCUUUGCCCUUGCAUGACCUGCUAAUGUGGAUGUGCUCCAGCAUCACAAGGAACACAGUGUGAACACCCAACAGUGGUUUAUUUCCAGCGCUUUAAUAACUGUGGAAUAACUUGUGGCGCAGAAACUUGCCAGUGUAGACACACCUUUAGACCAUGUCCUCUGUAGGAGCCCUUUGGCGGUAUAAGAAUCCCAGGAUACCCUGUUGGCAAAUAAAACCACCCUCCUCGAGUAACAAUGCACCGUACUGUAUAACUGAAUUCACACUGGCUAGCACAGCUCUCUUCCCAACGCCUGACCGACUGAUCUGCCCUGGCAGAAAUC